UCUUUCACUUUUUUUCGACAACCAAGACGGACGUGCAAGAUGGACGCUGCGUAAAAAAAAAAAUCAAAAUCCAAAGGCAUCGCUGAUGGAAUGCGUCAAUUCACCCAUUAAACCAGCAGAAGUUUUGGAAAAAAGUGAAUGUGUAUAGGGCUGCAUUAGCAUCAUGUAUCUGUACAACCUGACCCUGCAGAAGGGCACGGGCGUGACCCAUGCGGUCCACGGCAACUUCUCCGGCGGCAAGCAGCAGGAGGUGCUCCUCUCGCGCGGCAAGUCGCUGGAGCUCCUACGGCCAGACUCGAACACGGGCAAGGUGCACACGCUGAUGUCCACGGAGAUCUUUGGCUGCAUUCGCGCCUUGAUGGCUUUUCGUCUCACAGGCGGCACCAAGGAUUACAUUGUUGUGGGUUCAGACUCCGGUCGCAUUGUGAUCCUCGAGUAUAUUCCCGCGAAGAAUGCUCUCGAAAAGGUGCACCAGGAGACCUUUGGCAAAUCGGGCUGUCGUCGGAUUGUCCCCGGUCAGUACUUUGCCAUUGAUCCCAAAGGCAGAGCUGUGAUGAUUGGUGCCGUGGAGAAGCAAAAGUUGGCCUACAUCAUGAAUCGCGACACUCAGGCUCGUUUGACGAUCUCGUCUCCCUUGGAGGCACAUAAAUCCAACACCCUGACAUAUCACAUGGUGGGGGUGGAUGUGGGCUUUGAUAAUCCCAUGUUUGCCUGCCUGGAGAUUGACUACGAGGAGGCUGACUUGGAUCCAUCGGGUGAUGCCGCUCAGCGCACACAGCAAACUCUGACCUUUUACGAGCUGGAUCUGGGCUUGAACCAUGUGGUUCGCAAAUACUCGGAGCCCCUGGAAGAGCAUGCCAACUUUUUGGUCUCUGUGCCCGGUGGCAACGAUGGACCCUCGGGUGUGCUUAUUUGCUCCGAGAACUAUCUGACGUACAAGAAUCUCGGCGAUCAGCAUGACAUCCGUUGUCCCAUUCCCCGUAGGAGAAACGAUCUCGAUGAUCCCGAGAGGGGCAUGAUCUUCAUCUGCUCCGCAACGCAUCGCACGAAGAGCAUGUACUUCUUUUUGCUGCAGACCGAGCAGGGAGACAUUUUCAAGAUUACUCUGGAAACUGACGAUGAUGUGGUGUCGGAGAUCAAGCUCAAGUACUUUGAUACUGUGCCGCCAGCAACUGCGAUGUGUGUGCUGAAAACGGGCUUCCUGUUUGUGGCCAGCGAGUUUGGCAACCACUACCUGUAUCAAAUUGCUCACCUUGGCGAUGAUGAUGAUGAGCCCGAGUUCAGUUCGGCCAUGCCUCUGGAGGAGGGUGAAACCUUUUUCUUUGCGCCACGUGCUCUGAAGAAUCUUGUGCUGGUCGACGAAAUCCCAUCGUUUGCGCCCAUCAUUACCAGUCAGGUGGCCGAUCUUGCCAAUGAGGAUACGCCCCAGUUGUAUGUGCUGUGCGGUCGCGGGCCCCGGUCCACGCUGCGCGUUCUGCGACAUGGUUUGGAGGUGUCUGAAAUGGCAGUUUCCGAGUUGCCCGGUAAUCCCAAUGCCGUUUGGACUGUGAAGAAACGAGCUGAUGACGAGUUUGAUGCCUACAUCAUUGUGUCUUUCGUUAAUGCCACUUUGGUCCUGAGCAUCGGCGAGACCGUUGAGGAGGUCACAGACAGUGGUUUUCUGGGCACAACUCCUACACUUUGCUGUGCCGCCUUGGGCGACGAUGCCCUGGUUCAGGUCUAUCCCGAUGGCAUUCGUCACAUUCGCUCGGAUAAACGUGUGAAUGAGUGGAAGGCUCCGGGCAAGAAAUCGAUUACCAAGUGUGCGGUCAAUCAGCGUCAGGUGGUGAUCACCUUGUCCGGCAGGGAGUUGGUCUACUUUGAAAUGGAUCCGACUGGAGAGCUCAACGAAUACACUGAACGUUCUGAAAUGCCAGCGGAGAUUAUGUGCAUGGCCUUGGGAACGGUGCCCGAUGGCGAACAGCGAUCUUGGUUCUUGGCCGUUGGCCUGGCAGAUAAUACUGUGCGAAUCCUAUCGCUGGAUCCCAACAAUUGCCUGACUCCCUGCUCCAUGCAAGCCUUGCCAUCGCCGGCAGAGUCGCUUUGUUUGGUGGAAAUGGGACACACUGAGAGUACGACCAGUGGAGGACCAUUGGAUGAUGAUGCGCCUACCCAGCGAGGUGGAAGCAAUAAGGGAACCAUUUAUCUCAACAUUGGCCUGAGCAACGGCGUCUUGCUGCGUACAGUGCUGGAUCCAGUUUCCGGAGAUUUGGCCGAUACCAGGACCCGGUAUCUGGGCUCUCGGCCUGUAAAACUGUUUCGGAUCAAGAUGCAGGGAGCGGAAGCUGUCCUGGCCAUGUCCAGCAGAUCCUGGCUGUCAUACUACCAUCAGAACCGGUUCCAUUUGACGCCGCUUUCGUAUGAAACCCUCGAGUAUGCUUCCGGCUUCUCCAGCGAGCAGUGUAGCGAAGGUAUUGUGGCUAUAUCGACCAAUACCCUGAGGAUCUUGGCCCUUGAGAAGUUGGGAGCUGUCUUCAACCAAGUGGCAUUCCCCCUGCAGUAUACACCGCGAACCUUCGUCAUUCAUCCGGAUACAGGACGCAUGCUGAUCGCCGAAACUGAUCACAAUGCCUAUACCGAGGAUACAAAGAGUGCGAGGAAGGAACAAAUGGCCGAAGAGAUGCGCAGUGCGGCGGGGGAUGAGGAAAGAGAGCUGGCCCGUGAAAUGGCCAAUGCCUUCAUCAACGAAGUCCUCCCCGAGGAUGUGUUCUCUGCCCCCAAGGCGGGACUGGGUCUUUGGGCCUCGCAGAUCCGCUGCCUGGAUGCCAUGCACGGCCAGACAAUGUUCAAUGUGCCGCUCACCCAGAACGAGGCCAUCAUGUCAAUGGCCAUGGUCAAGUUCUCCAUAGCUGCCGAUGGUCGAUACUACCUGGCAGUGGGAAUAGCAAAGGAUCUGCAACUGAACCCUAGGAUUUCCCAAGGCGGCUGCAUCGACAUCUACAAGAUUGAUCCUACCUGCUCGAGCCUUGAGUUUAUGCAUCGCACGGAGAUUGAGGAGAUUCCCGGUGCCCUGUGUGGAUUCCAGGGUCGUCUGCUAGCCGGUUGUGGUCGAAUGCUGAGGAUCUACGAUCUUGGAAAGAAGAAAAUGCUACGCAAAUGCGAGAACAAACACAUUCCCUACCAGAUUGUCAACAUUCAGGCCAUGGGACAUCGAGUCUACGUGUCGGAUGUCCAGGAAUCUGUAUUCUUUAUCCGCUAUCGACGAGCUGAAAAUCAAUUGAUUAUAUUUGCGGACGACACGCAUCCACGAUGGGUGACGGCUACUACACUGCUGGAUUACGAUACCAUUGCAAUUGCCGAUAAGUUUGGAAACCUAAGCAUUCAACGAUUGCCGCAUUCGGUAACGGACGAUGUGGACGAGGAUCCGACGGGCACUAAAUCUCUAUGGGAUCGUGGUCUGCUGUCUGGUGCAUCUCAAAAGUCGGAGAACGUGUGCUCCUUCCAUGUGGGCGAGAUUAUAAUGUCGCUGCAGAAGGCCACCCUAAUACCUGGCGGAUCGGAGGCUUUGAUCUACUCGACGCUCAGUGGAACAGUUGGCGCCUUCGUACCCUUUACGAGUCGUGAGGAUUAUGACUUUUUCCAGCAUCUGGAGAUGCAUAUGCGCAAUGAGAACCCACCGCUCUGUGGACGUGAUCAUCUCAGCUACAGGAGUUCGUAUUAUCCAGUGAAGAAUGUGCUGGAUGGUGAUCUCUGUGAGCAAUAUCUGUCGAUUGAUGCGGCCAAACAGAAGAGCAUCGCCGGCGAUAUGUUCCGUACGCCCAAUCAGAUCUGCAAGAAGCUGGAGGAUAUUCGCACGCGUUAUGCCUUCUAAGACUGCGGAAGAACAAAUAAUAAAAGCUCAAUUGGAACUAUUCUAUGUUGGAUAAGUUCUAACUGACAAUACCACCCAAAUUGCUGCAUACAAACAGAUUUUAAGAUCUUCUCACUUAAUUUGGGGUAUGUGGCGUUUAAUUUUAAUAUCAUACAUUAGAUUUUACAUCUAUUUCACAUAAAAUCAUUAAAACAACCACUAAUUCGA